AUGUUCGGUUUCGGUGAUCACGAAGAAUCUCACAAUCAAGUCUACGGUCAAGAAGAACACGAGGGCCACUUAUCCCACGAAGUUAUUGCCGGUGCUGCUUCCUUCGCUGCUGCUAGAUCUUAUGAAAAAAAGCAAAGAGAAGAAGGUAAACCUGUCUCUCAUGCUUUCGCCAAAGAAGCUCUUGCUGGUAUUGCCGGUGCUGAAGUUGAUAAAUUGGUCGAAACUAAAGGUUUAGACUACAUUGACAGAGAAAAAGCCAAACACCAAGCUAAAGAAUACGCUCAACAAGGUUACGACAGCCACUACGGGGACAAAGAAGAAUGGCACCCAGACCAUGAAGCUCCAUUUGACUAUAACAAUGAAAGAUAUAACUACUAA